UCUCUUCUCACUCAAUGGAAGUUCCUAAUGUUGCGGUGAACCGGGUCGAACCGGGUUCGGUGAAGAAGGAGAAUGGUUUCAGAGCGGAGAUUGAUACUUCGGCGCCGUUUGAAUCGGUGAAGGAAGCCGUGACUCGAUUCGGCGGUGUUGGUUACUGGAAACCCAUUCACAAUCACAAUGAGCAGCACCACACGGAAGAGAUUGACCCUAUAAAACUGGAGGAGCAAGCAGCAGUAUUGGAGAAAGAGCUCAUCCUGAAAGAAAGGGAAACUCUUGAUGUCUUAAAAGAGUUGGAAAGUACCAAAAAGCUUGUGGAAAAUUUGAAAUCAAAGCUACAGGCUGAAGAAGCUGAAGCAAAUUUAAAUAUUCAGAUGAGUGUAUGUGAUGAUAAUAAUAUGUUGUCUGUCAUGGAGAAAGAGAAAGAAGAAGAUAAGGAAAACCAAGUGAAUCUUGUUCUUCAGCAUCCAAAGGAAGGUUGUAUGCCCUACCCUUCAUCGAGUCCAGGUGUAAUAUUAAUGGAAUUGAAGCAAGCGAAAUUGAACCUGAACAGAACUACGAGUGACAUAGCUGACGUUCGAGCUUCUGUUGAAUCACUUAAUAAGAAGUUAGAGAAGGAAAGAAUCUCACUUGAGAAAACCCGUGAGAGGUUAACUCAGAAUUCUUCAAAAAUGUCUUCUCUUGAGGAGGAGCUAAACCAGACAAGACUGAAACUGCAAGUGGUGAAGGAUGCUGAAAUUAAAGGUGGUUUGGAUGAUCCUUCGGAUAUUACAAGAGAACUGCAACGAUUGAGUUCCGAGGCAGAGCAUUUCAAAAAAAUGGGAGUAGCUGCAAAAUCAGAAGUCUUGAGAGCAAUGUCUGAGAUUGAACAAACGAGAGCUAUGAUAACAACUGCUGAAAUCAGGUUGGUUGCUGCAAGAAAAAUGAAGGAAGCUGCUAGAGCGGCUGAAGCUUCUGCCCUUUCUGAAAUCAAAGCUUUAUCUCAUCAUGAGAGUUCACAUGGGGAUUGUAUGCAAAUGCAUGAUGGAGUUACUCUUUCCUUUGAAGAGUAUGCGGCUCUGACCAGCAAAGCUCGAGAUGCGGAGGAACAUUCUAAGAAGAGAAUUGUGGAUGCUAUGCUUCAAAUUGAUGAAGCAAAUUUAUCAAAAAUGGACAUUUUAAAAAGGGUAGAGGAAGCUACAGAUGAAGUUAAAACCAGCAAGAAGGCCCUUGAAGAAGCUCUGGAAAGGGUAGAGGCUGCAAAUAGAGGAAAGCUGGCAGUUGAAGAGGCUUUAAGGAAGUGGAGGUCUGAGGGUCACAAAAGACGUUCUUCUAUACAUAACUCUACCAAGUUUAAAAAUUCUUACCCCUCUCACCAUCGAAGAGAUUCUCGGUUAUUUGAUGUAAAUGGGCUGAAUCUGGUGAAUGAUGAAGCCAAUCCAGUUCUAAAACCAACCCUAUCCAUAGGACAAAUACUGAGCAGGAAGCUGAUGCUGCCAGAAGAGUUUGAAGCUGAGACACUUAGAGAAAGAAGCUCGGUGAAACGGAAGGUGUCACUGGGUCAGAUGCUUGGCAAACAAAACAAUGAUCCAUCCUUGGACAGGCAAGUUGAGAAAGAUGGUCAGAAGCAGUUUUCUGCAAAGAGAAAGAAAUUUGGAUUUGCUCGAUUCUCCCUUCUUUUGACAAAACAACAAAAGAACAAGAGGCCAACUUUGAACUUGAGGUGAUGGCUUGCUUGAUCAUUUUCCUCUUGCAUCUAGUGCUGACAAGAAUGAGACUAUAAUCGCAUCUUCUAUCUGUUCCUAUCUUUUCCUCUUAGUGUGGUUGCUUGGCUAGAUUCUUGUUUGUGUUGUUUACCUUAUUUCGGUUGCAGUCCUUGCUUGUAUAUUGACUAAUGUUGGUCCAUGACUUGCUAUGCUACUUG